AAACUUAAUCUUUCACAGAUGGCAACUUGUGUGUUGGUUUUGAUAUGGUGACUGUUGUUCUGAUAUAGAAACUCGUGUGAUGUUUUGUAAUGUCAUAAAUUUUUAUUUUUGCAUAAAUAGGUGAUAUUACUCCGAAUAUAUAAAAAAAUGGGGGUUCAAGUGACAGGGCAGGCCGACUGUUCUGACAACGGAAAGAAAGAGAAUGGUAUUCAUAGUCCAACUGAAAGAGUUUUGUCUCCCAGAAAACAAAAACUUCUUAGUUGGUUGAACAAAAAUAUGAAGAUUGAAAUGACUGAUGGCAGGAUUUUAGUUGGGAUUUUUUUGUGCACUGAUCGAGACAGAAAUGUUAUCCUUGGUUCGUGCUCUGAAUAUUUGAAAUCAAAAGAUGAAGAUCCUAGGGUUCUUGGGUUAGCUAUGGUUCCUGGACAUCAUAUCAUUUCAAUACAUGUGGAUGAAAGUCCACCUCCCGGCUCAGCCCAAGAAAUAUGAUUACCAGUAGUAAAUUAUCAUAUCUUGUUGGAUCAUAACAAGUAUUAAAUAUUAAACUGACUUACAUUUUAUGUAGUGUUGGGUUUGUUUAUUGAAAUUCCUGUAUUCUUGCUUUUCUGGAAAUCACAAGUUUAAUUCUUUGACCCAGUGUUUUGUUUUGAGUGUUUUCUAAAUUCAGAUUCACAAGAAAACUUCAGUCUGUCUACUAAAAAUUUUUUUAAUUUAGUGUGCAUGAUCAGAAAUACUUAGAUGUAUAUUUACUUUUAGUCCUACAGAAACAGUUAUUAAAAUUCUAAAAGUUAUUUUACUAUUCCCCAAUCUAGGCAGUUUGGUAAAUUAAUUAUAGGUUAGAUCUAUUGUUAAGAACAUUAGUUUUAUUGCCUGAAAUCUUGAAUUUUUCUAUGAAAACACCCAUUUACAUAAAAGAGCAUUUCAAGUUAAAAAUACACAUUAGUUCAAUAAGAAGAGUGUAUCUGUAGUACAGGGUGAUCCAAAAUUAUCUUUCCUAUUUCAAAAUUUAAUAAUUAAAUAAGUAAGGAAACACAACCAUGCAGUUUUCAACAUCUUGUAGCCCAACUGAAAUACUUUUUAUUGUUUUGUUUUUCACUCUAGUACAUAGUCGUACCUGUAAAAUGGCAACUGUGCAAGAAAAUGCUCGAUGUUUCAUUUGGCUCGCAGAGAUCAAGUCGGCGACUGUGGUGCAGCAUAAUUACAGAAGCUAGACGUGCUGAGAGUCACUAAUGGUGCACUCAUAGGAGUCUAUUGACAAGUUAAUAAAAGCUGUUUAAGUUGGGUUAUAAGAUGUUGAAAACUGCUUGGUUUUAUUUCCUUAGUUAAUUAUUAAAUUUUAAAAGACGAAAGAUAAUUUUGGAAUUAUACACUAUAUACACUACAAUUAAUUUUAAUAAAACAUUCACAAGUUUCCAUGUAUAUUAGAAGUAGAUAUCAAGUUGUAUAAACUUCACUUCUUUUUGGACAGCCACACUGAGAAUGUAUUUCUGGUGAAAAAAGAUUAAAACAUUCUUCUGAUCUUCCAUCAUUU